GUGUGUGUGUGUGUGUGUGUGUUGGGGUCCCUAAGGCUUGUGUGUAUACUUCACAGACAUAUUCCCUCCCGCUUAGUCAGUCAGCGACGCACGCUCAGCAAGUCGGCAGCACAAAACUGUAGCUCUCUCUCUCUCACACACUUACACGCACACUUACACCCACACACACACACACACACACACACACACUUACACACACUUCCUCCGGUGACGGCAGGCAGACACCCAAAGAGUCAGGUGACAUCAGUGAAGACCCCAGAAGACGUCUGGAAGGUCCAUGAGUGUUUGGACAUAACCCCUGCUGUGUGCGUGUGUGUCACCAUGCUGUGGACGCUGCUACUGGCGCUGCUGGCGCUCCUGCUGCUGCACACCCAGCUGUCUGUUUGCUUCAAAGAACUCCGCAGCAGGGGUCCCGGGCUCUCCGUCGACUCGCCGUCGUCCCACAACGCCAGCGACCAGCGGCUGCCGGGUGCCAUUAUCAUCGGCGUGCGUAAAGGUGGCACCAGAGCCCUGCUGGAGAUGCUCAACCUGCACCCGGAUGUGGAGGUGGCAAAGGCGGAGGUGCACUACUUUAACGUGGAGGAGCACUACCGCCGAGGCCUGGCUUGGUAUCGAACCCAGAUGCCUUUUACCCUGCAUGGUCAGCUGACCGUGGAGAAGACCCCCGGCUAUUUUGCGGCCCCACAAGUCCCCGCCCGGGUCCGGGCCAUGAACCCUGCCGUCCGCUUGCUGCUCAUCGUCCGUGACCCGGCCCAGAGGCUGGUUUCCGACUACACCCAAGUCCUCCACAACCGCCUGACGCGCCACAAGCCCUACCAGCCUUUGGAGGAGCUCCUGCUCCACGAGGGCGCCAUCGACCCGGGCUACAGAGCGCUGCAGAGGAGCCUGUACCACGAGCACCUGGCCCGCUGGCUGGAGGUCUUCCCCCGGGAGCAGAUCCACGUGGUGGACGGCGACGCGCUUAUCCGAGACCCCUUCCCCGAGCUGAGGAAAGCCGAGAGGUUUCUGGAGCUGCCGCCGAGGAUAACUCCAGACAACUUCUACUACAACACCACCAAGGGCUUCUACUGCCUCCUGUCAGCAGGACACGACAAGUGCCUGGACCAGUCCAAAGGGCGACCGCACGCGCCCCUGAGCACCCACACCUUCCGGAAGCUCUGCCGCUACUUCAGGAAGCCCAACAAGAUGUUCUUCGGCAUGGUCGGGAGAUCCUUUUCCUGGUGCUGACACAUUUAAGGGCCACCCACCAUAGCGCUCAGUUCCCGUCUCUCUCGUGGGUGGAGCGGCGAGACGUGCACAGCUGUUUCUAAUUUUGAUUGAGGAUAUUUAACCUGCAAUUUGGCAGCUGGAUGGCACUUGGCGAUUCAACCCUGUGGCUUCACUCCGAGAUCU